AAGUCACCAACCGAUAUGGAUGUCGGGGAAGUAAGAGUGGCAGAAGAUGCCGAUUUUAACAGACUAAAAAGUUUAUGUGACGAAACAGAUGGCUGGAAACUAGAAUACAACAAAAAUAACGUAAAGGUGUGGACUAAAAACAACGAUAAAUCUGAUUUUAAGGUGGUGAAAGUUAGAACAGUCUUUGAUGAUGUUAAACCAGAAGUGCUGUAUGAUGUGUUACAUGAUCCAGAAUACAGAAAAACCUGGGACCAUGCAAUGCUGGAAGGCUAUGAAAUCUGUGUGAUAAACCCAAAUAAUGACAUUGGGUACUAUGCAGUAAAGUGUCCCCCUCCUCUAAAGAAUCGAGAUUUUGUCACUCAGCGAUCAUGGUUAGAUUUAGGCUUAGAAAAGUGUAUAGUCAACCAUUCUGUAAAUCACAAGAAAAUGCCUAUCAGAAAAGGCUUUAUACGAGGUAUAUCAUAUGUUACUGGAUAUCUUGUACGGCAACAGGGACCAAAGAAAUGUCAGUUUACAUAUGUCUCUCAGUCAGACCCUAGGGGAAAACUUCCAGUAUGGGUUGUGAACAAAGGUACACAGUAUUUUGCACCCAAGAUAAUAUCUAAGAUUUACAAAGCCUGUCAGAAUUAUGAGGCCUGGAAGUCGAAGCAUAAUCCUGGUCAUAAACCCUGGCUGUACCCAGAACAAAUGUCACUACCUCGAUUAGAUAUGAAUGACAUUGGUGCUGAGUGUGAGUUCACAUCCAACGAGUCAAUAGAUGAAAGCAAUGUGAAAGAAGAGGAUAUAGACCAAGAUUAUGAAGCCAAGAUAUACCUUAGUUAAUAUUGUUGUUAAUUAACUUUGACAGGGAGAUAUUUAAAAAAAAUAUCAUGUGAAAAUUGAAAAGUUAAUGUUUUAUGGAAAUGCACUUUAUAUUUUAUGCAGGGAUGAAAGAAAGGUAUAAAAUCAAUGCAUACCAUUGGUAUCAUUAAUUUUUUGUAAGAUAUCUUCCAUGUAAAAUCAGAGCAUUGCCAAAAUUGAUAACUUAUUUAUUUGUUUUUUAAUAAUUUUCAUAAUGCAUUACCGGGUUUUAUACCAUAGAGAUGUACCUGGAGCAGAGUCUAUGGCUGUAUUGGAGAUAGGUUGUAAUUUCUGAUUCUGGUUAAAACAGUUAUUUGUAUAUAUAUUUACAAUUUAGCAUGCUAAAAGGUAUAAGAAAUGAAAAACUUUGAUUUAUUAAAUAUACUGUUUAUUGAUGCUAUAUCAUUAUUGACGGCAUUUUAACCAAUGUAAACUUUUAGAAAAAAGUUCUUUUUGAGUCAGAGGUAGUUUUUGUUCUAACAUCUGAUUAUCUAACAUUUCUGCUUAGCUUAAGUAAUGCACAGUAUAUGGUGUUUGUGUCCUCAAUUACACUGUAAGGUUCUAUAACCUUUGUAAGUAAGUAAAUGUAGUAUAAUAUAUAGGAUUAGUGAUUUUUUGGGGUUUAAAGAAGUUGAUGAGAAAUUUGUUGUUACUUGCACCAUGAUCUGAAAAUCCACAGAUAUCUCACUUGUCUCUCAAUCUCUCUAAAGUGACAUUACUCUGGAAAUGUGUCGUUAUUAACAAGACUUGUAUGUUUAAUGUGCCAAAAAAUGUCACUUUUCAAAAUAGCUCUGAAUAUUCUUAAGCUUGUCUCCUAGUGUUGCUGGCAUUGCAAUUAAUGUUUUUUUUAGACAGAAAUAGGCAAUUUUCUGAGUCUUAUCUACACAAUCUGUCUCGUGUUAAAUGAUGAUAGUGCUAUGUGUGGUUGAGUUGGAUGAGGUAUAAUGUGAUAAUUUUUGUAUUUUUUUUUUCAUGCAUCCAACUGUAAUAACUGUUUACGGCCCAGAACUGGAAUUGUAAUGCUUUUGCUUGGUUAGAUUUAUGCUUAUUGAUUUCUGUUUUACUUUUUUUUGUCAUGGAUGGGCAUUAUUUUUUGUGUUCUUGUGAGUAAUAUUUAUUGUGACUUUAGAAACUGGGAAGUGUAUGUAUUUCAGCUCCUGUAGUGUAUUCAUCUCUUCAACUGGAAUCCGUAAUAAAAAAAUUUAUUUCUCUCAAAUGCACAGCAAGCUUAAAUGAUAUAAAUGUUACAGAAUAUUUAAAAAGAGUGAUAUUUUGUUAAUGUUAUGUUUUUUUCUUUUCUAUUGACAAACUUUGGAAUACUGGAAAUAAGAAAAAUGUACAUCUAUUCUUGUAAACUUGUACAAGCUUGCUGAUAAGAAAACAUCACAUUUAUAAGUAGUCUGCAUUAAAUUUCAUUCCAUUAGGCGCUCUGCCUUGUGAUAGGUAAUAGUAAGUUAUACAUGUAUCAUAUCACAGUCUGUGCUUUCUCCUCAGAGGAAAAUUUGGUGCUUAACAUCAGUCAUAAUAGGAAUACUGUGAAGUUUGAUAAUGGAAAAGAAAGAUAGGGCCAACAUAUAUUGCAGGACUGCCAUGUAUUCAGACUAGUCUCUUGAGGGCCCAUUUCUUUUCAGAUCUAGUGGCCAGGAUAACUUUUUUUUUUCUAUUUCUUACUUUCAAAAGAACUGAAAGCAUAUUACCUUGAAUGAAUAAAAUGCCUAUUUUGAUUUGCUUUAUUCAUAAAUUUCAAAUUUAUUAUGGGAAACAUGAUUAAACUGAUUUAAUAUUAUACCUUGAUCACAAGAUCUUUUGAAAUGGGCCUGUAGAUCUUGCUGUUUGAUACUCUAUACCACUGAGGCCUUAAUUUUGUGUAAUUUAUUUCAUGUAUGAUUAUUGAAGGAUAUUUACUGUUUAUUUUACAAAUGUUAUUUUUUCCUUGAUAUGUGUGAUGAGUUGUAACUGAGUCUUCAUCUGCAACAUUGAUAAAUUCAACCUGUCAAUCUUUAAAUUAUCACUAAGAAAUGGAAAAAAAAAUAUACAUUAUUGUUAUUGUUAUGAAAAGACAUUCCAACACUGAUACAUUAGACUGACUUUAGUUAAAUGUCUGGCACAAAAACUUCAGUUUUCUCUCCUUUUGUGUUCAUUAUUGAUUUCAUGAUAUAUACACUUCAGACCUCUUGUUAAAGUGUUCUACAAUCUGUGGACCAGAUUAUUAUUGUAUGAAGUUAAUAUAUUUUUCUCUUUUUA